UCAAGAACUGCUGCUUGAUCUCCUCCAGCUCUUGUUCCUCGGCCUUGGAAAGCGUCCAGGACUCGGGAUCGGUUUUCUCCUCAUCGUCAUCCUCGACCUCAGCGUAGUGCUCCAUCUCCCUGGCGUGUAAUUCUUCGGCCUUCUUCACGCCUUCCGGAUCGAUGGGGCCUAUAAUCGCUGGGGCCAGUCCGAAUGCUUGCCAAAAAUCCACUCCAAAAUAAGCUGGCUGCUCCAGAGGCCGUACGGACUGCGGAUAAGUACUUCUGGACGGGCACAUCCAAGGCCUCGACCAGCUCUCUGCCACCUUUUCCAAGCAGACUCACACUCGCUCCAGUGUCCAACAACCCCGUCAGUUGCUUGGUCAGGACUCGGACUGCGGCGAACGGUCUGGGAUCUCGCGAUAAACUGCGCUUCACGGCGGCCACUGCUUCGCGUCGGCAGUUCCGACGUUUGCGAAAUCGGUCCCUGGCCUUUUGCACCUUGCGAGACACCAUACGCAUCCCGCCUAACUGGUGCUCUGAGAAGAUCCUGUUCCUGAUAUCUAGGUACCGUCGCAUCCUCUCCGCAUAAGCCUCUCCGUCCUCGGAUCGCCCAGCCGACCGUUUUCCGCACAAUCCGGACAUUUGGGAGACACGGUGUCGGGCUUCCCACAUCGGUAGCAGAACAGUCUGCGUUCUGUUGCUGCGCAGUCACGGAACCCGUGAUCCACGGCUCCGCAAUUCCAGCAGCCGGCUCGGCACGGAUUCUUCGCCCGCACUUCGUCCAC